AUGAAGUUUUCUAUCGCUGCCAUCUUCACUACUGCUGCCCUGGCGACGGCACAGCGAACGUACAAUGUCACCUCAGCGCUCACAUCAGCCCAGCUUGAGAAGUACAAGUGCUUGACCACCGAGAAAUGGUUCAAAGACUUCGACAUCCCCGAGUGUCUCCAAGAAUGCACCCGCGAAGCAAACCGCAAAGACGGCUGCGCCUACGAUGACUUCGCAUGCCACAACGUCAACUACCAAGCAUACUCAGACAUCAUCGAACCCUGCGCAUUCCCACCCCAGCUGGGAGGUAACGGUACCUGCACUCUUGCUGAGUUGGGAGCCGUCCGACCCAAGGUUGCCGACGCAGGAAACUUCUUCAAUGCGACGCUGUAUGCGGCGUAUGCGGGUAGGCACUGCAAGGUGCGUUUGAGCAUCUUGAAGACGCUGGAGAUUGUCUCGCACGAGGCUACCAUCGUGUCAACGAAUUAG